GCUGCAGCUGCAGUGAGAUGAUUCUAGCAGUGAUGACAGGAACAGCCCCCAAACAGAGACCCAGCAGCUAGCAGUGCCAGGGACAGGGAGGCAGUGAUAGACCAUGCCUUUCCACCCCUUCAGUCUUACCAUGAUACCUCCUGGAGGACUUGGGACUGAGUUAGGGAUGGUGUAACUCUGCAGGUGGUGGCUUCACGAUAUAGGAUGCUGUAGAACAAAGUGAUAGCAGCAAAGCUUUUGGGCUCCCCUGUUUCCUUCUGUCCUUUUUUUCCCUCCCCCCAUCCACUGUCUUCUGUUCUCCAGCCAAGGUCCCCUCCCUUGACUCCCCUUCUCCACAGCCCUGGGUCCUGUAGCAGGGCAGGGCCUCCCAGCAGCUUCCUUCCUUCCUUUCUUGGGACGGAAAUCCAGCUGGGUGUGGGGGGCGCCAGACAGGGGAGGGGGUUCAGUAACCACCCUGCUACCCAAAGUGAGUCAGCCCCUAUGUUCCCACCCAUCCCCAGGGAACCUGAGCCACAGUAGGAGGUAGAUAAGUGGGGUGGCAGUCUCUGCUGGCCCAAGAGCUCAGGCCGCUCCAGGCUGGUCACCUGCCACUUGCCAUUCCUAGCCCACCUCUCAUGGCUCGCUCCAGGAAUGCCAUGCUGCCUGCUUCUGCCCCAGGAGCUUCUCCACAGAACUGCCAUCGGGGGCUUGUUCAGGAUGUCAAUGGGCCGCCAAGAGAGCUGCGUCCCCGGCUCUGCCACUUGCGAAGGGGACCCCAGGGCUAUGGGUUCAACCUGCAUAGUGACAAGUCCCGGCCUGGUCAAUACAUCCGCUCUGUGGACCCAGGCUCACCUGCUUCCCACUCUGGCCUCCGUGCCCAGGACCGGCUCAUUGAGGUGAAUGGGCAGAAUGUGGAGGGGCUGCGCCAUGCCGAAGUUGUUGCCAGAAUCAAGGCACGGGAGGAUGAGGCCCGGUUGCUGGUGGUAGAUCCUGAGACGGAUGAACACUUCAAGCGGUUGCGGGUCAUACCCACUGAGGAACAUGUAGAAGGUCCACUGCCAUCACCAGUCACAAACGGGACCAGUCCUGCCCAGCUCAAUGGUGGCUCCAAGUGCUCAUCCCGAAGUGACCUGCCAGGCUCAGAGAAGGACAAUGAGGAUGGCAGUGCCUGGAAGCGAGACCCCUUCCAGGAGAGUGGCCUCCACCUGAGUCCCACAGCAGCUGAGGCCAAGGAGAAGGCUCGAGCUACUAGGGUCAACAAGCGGGCACCACAGAUGGACUGGAACCGGAAGCGAGAGAUCUUCAGCAACUUCUGAGCCCCUCUCUGCUUGUCCAGGGGCCCCAGGGUCUCUUCAAGCACAGACCUUGGACCUUUCCAGAGCUCCCCAAGCCUCAGCAGACUGGAGGGUGGUAUCAUGCCACCCAGAAAACAACCCAUGACCCCAUGAACCCUUGUCUUGUCCACUGGGUGCUGUGGCUGUCAUAGCAAGAUGUGGGAAGAGAGAAACCCAGAGAUGAGAGAGAGAGAGACAGAGACAGAAACAGAAACAGACAGAGAACCAGUGAGAGAGGGAGGAGCCUAUGAAUGGUGGUCUGCCAAGGGCCUUUGCUGUUCUGCCUCGGGCCUGCUGACUGAAAGGAAUUCAUGUUUUCGCUUUUUUUCCUAAAAGGUCUCCAGCUCCACAUAUGUUUCUAGUUAAUAGUGGAGCCCCCUCCCCCAGCCCCUCGGGACUCACUCUAAAUAAUUGCAAUAAAACAAACCUUUCUCUGCAAACCCUUUCUUAUCCACCCUGUCAGCAACACCAUCCUGAGCAGAGACCAGGGACUCCAGGGAACAGCCAGCCAGGAGCCUGCAAGGGCCAGCUGUGCUUGUAGGAGCUAAUACUGUCCCAUCCCGAGUGAGGGAAGGUCCCUAUGCCAGGCUUCUCUUCUCUGCCUCCCACAUGCUGGGUUCUGGAAUGCAAAGCCUAUGCUCUCUGAGGGGCCAGAGGAUGGUGGUUCCAUGAUUCUGGGAAGCCUUUGGACCAGCCCCUCAUGCUGCUCUGCAGCCCCUAAACCUGGAGACAGUGAGUUUGUGUGAGCUAUUCCCAGGUAUGAUCCUGGGCUCCUGGGCCUGGCCCCUGCCUUAUGCCCCUUCCUCAGUGCUCUCAAUGCCCAAACUCACUUAUUGGCACUGCAGUCUGCCUCAUAAGCCAUAGCGCACGCACGCGCACCCUCAAUUAAACAGGCCUUGCCUUGGA